AUGACUUCUAAAAUACAUUUAUUUGAGUGUGAGCAAAGAGAAGAAGGAAGAGCAGAUAGAGAAGAAAUAGUGGAAAGAGAAGAAGCAGGAAGAGAAGCUGUAGAAGAAGAGGGUCGGGAUGACUCUUAUGAAGCAAUGAUUGCAAUAUCCUUAUCUGAGGAUUCAGAAGCAACAAGGAGUGGACAAAUAGGAGAAAAAACAAAAAAAGAACAUCACUUUUGUGCUGAUAACGAGAAAGAGCAAGAAGAAGUUUUCCUUUCUCCACCUGUAGGAAAGGAAACAUGGGGAGCUUGUGUUCAUAUUAGUACUUACAGAAGAUUCGCUAUCCAAUUGUUGGGCCUCUUCUUCAUGACCGUGUUCAUGUUCGCUCUAGCAAUCCCUUACCAUCACUGGACUCUGAAAGCAAACCACAUCGGCUUUGUGAUCAUGCACUUGCUGACCUUCUUCUUCACCAACUUCAGGCCCAAUGCCACAACAUUUGUCGCGCCAGCGGAGAUUUUCCCAGCAAGGCUCCAGUCAACUUGCCACGGCAUAUCAGCAGCUUGUGGAAAGGCAGGGACGAUCAUCGGGGCCUUUGGGUUUUUGUACGCUGCUCAGGGGAAGGUGUUAGCAGAUAGAGACGUCGGUUACCCACCAUGCACUGGGGUCAAUAACUCGUCGAUCAUGCUCGGCGUGAUCAACUUCUUAGGGAUGUUGUUCACUCUGUUAGUCCCUGAAUCGAAAGGAAAGUCGCUUCAGGAGCUCAUGGGGGAAAAUGAGGUCGAGCCCGGUCAGGCCCGGCAGCCUCAGGAGGUGUCGGCUGCUAGAACAGUCCCAGAAUGA